AAGCGACUUUUUGAUUUCCAGGGCGUGAAGGAAGGAAAGAGGGAAGGCUUUGAACUUGGAAUUAAAAAAUUCUUCAAUCGCGUGGAACCUAUUUCGAUAUUCGCUAGGGAAUUCUCGAUCACAUUGAAAUCGGAACAACUUCUUGAGCUUCAAUUUUGACCUAAGGGAUUCUUCUCCAGAAUUCAGUCUCACCGGAACAAUUCGGAACUGCAAUGGUGGAUAAUUACGACAGCGCCGGCAACGUAGAAGGCGACGGAAAAGAAAUAGCUAGCACUUCAUGUAGCCGGCAAGUUUCACUCCACCAGUCUAUUGGUGGAGGUAAAGUGGCUGAAAUUAUACUAUGGAAGCAGUGGCAUGUUUCUUUUGGCGUCCUCGUUGUUGCUACAGUAGCUUGGCUCCUAAUUGAGCACUCUGGGUUGCCAUUAUUGACAGCAUGUUCGGAUGUUUUGCUGAUCUUGGUCGUCCUAUUGUUUCUUCGUGCCAACUUUGCUGCGUUUCAGAACAAGCAACUUCAAAUGUUACCACAGUUAGCAUUGUCGGAGGAAUUUGUCAAUGACGCUGCAGCAUCAAUUCGGGCCAAGAUAAAUAAUGCACUACUUAUGGCUCAUGACAUCACACUUGGCAAUGAUUUUAGACUCUUUUUCAGGGUGGUGAUCUGUUUGUGGCUCUUAUCUGUCAUUGGUAGCUACCUUUCUUUCUUCACAUUUGCAUAUAUCGGAAUUAUCAUCUCGAUAACCAUCCCCGCCUUGUACAACAAAUACGAUAAACAUGUUGACAGAUACUGCGGAAUGAUCAGCCAGAAAUUUAGAAAGCAUUAUAGAGUAAUGGAUGAGAGUGUUCUCAGCAAACUCCCUGGUGAGUUAUCCAAGGAAAAAGAUCAAUGAAAAGGAAAAUGCUGGGUGUAAUUUUCUGCAGUUGUACUGAACAGAACCACAGGAAAAUUGUAAUUCUGUUUCACCACAAAUGGAUGUCUGGAUACUUGAAGGUCAUUACUUAGCCUUAGCCAUGCAUGUCUUUACUAUGGGUUUGUAUCUUGUCAUUGGGUUUAAUUAUCUAAACCAUCUAGAUGUCACAGAUUUUUUUUAAACUGCCAACAGAAAUGAUUGGAAAAGAUGAGGGGAUUUUAUUUUUAACUUUUGUAUUGUAGGGGAGGAGGAAAUUCAGUGUUUCUCUGUAAUUAUGGAGGAAAAGAUUGCUAUAUAUAUGUAAAUUUUUUGUCUGAAAUUUGCAAGGGAAGCCAGGUUCUGAAUCUGGUUUGGUCAAGGUC